GCCUGGCCCUUAUAAAGCCCAGAAGCCGAAGGUAAAAGCAUACAUGGCCCAUUACGAGGAGCUGCGUGAUCGAAAUAUGGCCCUUGAAAAGGAGUUGGAGGCCGGAACAAAAGAGACCAAUAGGUUACAGUCUCUGUUCCAGAGGGUGGAGGCAGAAAAGGACCACCUGGGAGAACAGGUGCAGUGCCUUAAAAACCUCCUAGAGGAUAGUGUGGCUAAAGAAGCAGAGACUAACAACGAGAGGGAGCAGGCACUACUUCAAAGGCAAGUUUUAGAGCAGCAGAUUCAGGUCCUGGAAGCAGAAAAUAAAACUCUACAGGCAACAAACAAUCAGAUAGCGGCAAAAGGCCAAGAUUCUGGGGAGUCAGUGGAGAUGGAGGUAACAAGUAUAGUGACCCAGACGGAAGCAGGACUAAAGGACCAACUGGGGGAAGAGAUAUGGUCCCUGAAGACCCUAUUAAAAGAGAGCACAGCCAGGGAGCUGGCAUUGCGAGAGAGGAUCAAACAACAAUCAGUACAGACUGCUCAAAUACAAAGCAGGGAGCUGAUCACAAUAAACAGCCGGUUGGAGGAACAUGCCUCCAAGAUUAAAGCAGGAUAUGAGGAGCACCUUAUGAAGUAUAAAGGCUUGAAAGAGAUUCUAAUAAACACAGAAAAACUGGUAAAGACUGGGCAGCCCAUGCUCCUAAAGGCCCUGGAAAAUCAGGAACCAUCCAGGACAAAAGGCUUAGAGAUUCCUAGGGAAGAAGAGGAAACAGAGCAGCAGGAAAGGACUGCAAGGAUGGAGGCACUCGUGGGGUUUACCCCUGAGAGGGCGAAAGAAGAGAUCACCAUUACAGUAAUGGAGUGCCUGAAUCAGAGAUGGGGUCAGUGGGUGAACCAAUACACCGAAGAGAUGAAUGGCCUGAGGGAAAAACUAGAGAAACUUGCAGGCUCGUGUGAUGCUGGAAGAUUGACAGCACCAAAACAAGGGCAACAGAGGGAAGUAGACCAGAGACCAAAAAUGGCCCAGGCUCGGGCAUAUAAUAAGCAAGGUAUAGCUUCUAAAGGGGAGAGAGUGGCAGAAGCCCUGAGUAAAAGAAAGGUACAAGGGCCUGAGACGGAAAGAAGGGGCCAAAACCCCAGGGAAACUAAGGGGGGAGGAGGAGGAGGUCUCAAGCUUCACCCUAAGGGUGAGGUAUCCAGCCCUGCACAGAAACAGAGACUAAACAGAAUACAGACCGCAGGUCAAGCUAAGGAGACCAACGGUCCAUCCACUACGCAGGACAUUCAGCUGGAGAAGGAACAAAGGGGACGAAGGCGGCCAUGCGUUUACAUUAAUGACAUCGCAAGGCGAGUUAAAUGGUGGACCCUGAGGGAAGUAAUUGAAGCAAAGGUGGGAGGCGUAGCCUACGUAAAGAUUUAUAAAGGGCUGAUGGGAAGACCUACCAGCCAGGCGAAGGUAGAAUUUUGGAGGGAAGAAUACGCCCAGAAGGCAUUGGAGAGACAGUGGGAGAUUUGGAGAAGGCUUCAGGGGCUACAGAAAAUCUUAGAAAAACAAGAAACCAGACAACCUGCAUGGAGAAAGAGACCAGGGUAUGUAGGGGUAGAAGAUAGACGGGCCAGAAGUGAAAGGGAGAAGAAACCCCGAAAGACAGGCGGGAGUUUGACCGACAGGGACUGCAACCUACCAAGGUCGGCUAGUGUGGGGGGACUGCCUGCGGCGGGGCAACUCCCGUAAAAUCCCUCAUGGUGCGCCUUGGGUAAAAGGCGAGUAGGAGGCGCCUAAAAACCUCCGCCUCUACUCAUUGGAAAUGUCGGUGGGCCAGCACAAGAGCACCAGAGAAAUAAGACGGGGGAAUGCAACCCAACAAGAGUGAAGAUCCGCCUUGGUGAGUCGGGAUCUUAAGGGGGGAGGUGUGUCACAGAGCACUGAGGUGCCCUGUGCCUGAAGAAGGAAAAACUGCUAAGGAAGGAGCCCUAGCAGUGAUUAGGGAGCACAGGUGUGGGUUGCCGGGGUAACUAAUGAAAGUCAGCUGGCCGGAAGGGCAGGGCCUGGCCCUUAUAAAGCCCAGAAGCCGAGGCUUGAGGCAGUUCCCUGCCAGCAGCCAGAGAGGCAGGAGUUCCUGGAGUAAUGAUGCGGCUAGAAGCCUAACAGCAGAAACGGUGUUCUCAGCCCAAAAUACUACUGCCUCAUUCCCAGAAAGCAAUUCUGCCACAAGAAGUGACACUAGUUAAAGAGAAUUAGAUAAAGAACAAAUCUUCUGCUGCUUGCCCCAGCUCCCGCAAAAUAAACUACAUCAGAAAACUAACUCUAGAACAGCAGUUUCUUCCAAGACGAAAUGCUUACUGAUAUGAUAAGAAAAAACAUGUGAGACCUAUAGGAAACAGUGUCAUCUAGUGCCUCAAAAUAUAGCAUUUAUAUCAGGGGUGGGAAAAAUAUGGCCUGUGCGCUGGAUUCGGCCCAUGGAGGGACUUUGCCUAGCCCACGGUGGGUCCCUUGGUCCUGCCUGGCCCAGAUGCCAUCCAGCCUGUGGCACAUCCUGCCACCCCUUGGGCACACAGCUGAGGCAGCUCCACAGCUAGACUGCCUU